AUGCUAGACCCUUGUUCUUUAUAUUUUGCACACGCUAGGCCCUUCCCGCCCCCUUCUCUCUCCUUCCAUCACCCCGCCCCAUUCUCCCUCCUUCCAUCACCCUGCCCAAUUCUUCCGCUUUCCAUCAGCCCGCCCCAUUCUCCCGCUUUCCGUCACCCCUCCCUUUUCUCCCGCAUUCCAUCUCCCCGCCCCAUUCCCCCGCUUUCCAUCACCCCUCCCCAUUCUCCCUCCUUCCAUCACCCCGCUCCAUUCUCUCGCUUUCCAUCACCGCGCCCCAUUCUCCCGCUUUCCAUCACCCUGCCCCAUUCUCCCUCCUUCCAUCACCCCGCCCCAUUCUCCCGCUUUCCAUCACCCCGCCCCAUUCUCCCUCCUUCCAUCACCCCGCCCCAUUCUCCCUCAUUCCAUCACCCUGCCCCAUUCUCCCGCUUUCCAUCACCGCGCCCCAUUCUCCCGAUUCCCAUAACCCAACCCCAUUCCCCCGCUUUCCAUCACCCCGCCACAUUUUCCCACUUUCCAUCACCCCGCCCCCUUCUCUCUCCUUCCAUCACCCCGCCCCAUUCUCCCUCCUUCCAUCAACCCGCCCCAUUCUUCCGCUUUCCAUCAGCCGGCCCCAUUCUCCCGCUUUCCAUCACCCCGCCCCUUUCUCCCGCUUUCCAUCUCCAUGCCCCAUUCUCCCGCUUUCCAUCACCCCGCCCCAUUCUCCCGCUUUCCAUCACCCAGCCCCAUUCUCCCGCUUUCUGUCACCCCGCCCCAUUUUCCCGCUUUCCAUCACCCCGCCCCAUUCUCCCGCUUUCCAUCACCCUGCCCCAAUCUCCCGCUUUCCAUCACCCCACCCCAUUCUCCCUCCUUCCAUCACCCCGCCCCAUUCUCCCACUUUCUAUCACCCCGCCCCAUUCUCCUGCUUUCCAUCACCCAGCCUCAUUCUCCCGCUUUCCAUCACCCCGCCCCAUUCUCCCGCUUUCCAUCACCCCGCCCCAUUCUCCCGCUUUCCAUCACCCCACCCCAUUCUCCCUCCUUCCAUCUCCCCGCCCCAUUCUCCUGCUUUCCAUCACCCCGUCCCAUUCUCCCUCCUUCCAUCACCCCGCCCCAUUCUCCCUCCUUCCAUCACCCCGCCCCAUUCUCCAGCUUUUCAUCAGCCCGCCCCAUUCUCCCGCUUCCCAUAACCCCACCCCCUUCUCCCGCUUUCGAUCACCCCGCCACAUUCUCCCGCUUUCUAUCACCCCGCCCCAUUCUCCCUCCUUCCAUCACCCCGCCCCAUUCUUCCGCUUUCCAUCACCCCGCCCCAUUCUACCGCUUUCCAUCAUCCCGCCCCAUUCUCCCUCCUUCCAUCACCCCGCCCCAUUCUCCCGCUUUCCAUCACUCCGCCCCAUUCUCCCUCCUUCCAUCACCCCGCCCCAUUCUCCCUCCUUCCAUCACCCCGGCCCAUUCUCCCGCUUUCCAUCACCCCGCCCCAUUCUCCUGCUUCCCAUAACCCCACCCUAUUCUCCCGCUUUCCAUCACCCUGCCACAUUCUCCCACUUUCCACCACCCCGCCCCCUUCUCUCUCCCUCCAUCACCCCGCCCCAUUCUCCCUCCUUCCAUCAACCCGCCCGAAUCUCCCGCUUUCCAUCAGCCCGCCCCAUUCUCCUGCUUUCCAUCACCCCUCCCGUUUCUCCCACUUUCCAUCUCCCCGCCCCAUUCUCCCGCUUUCCAUCACCCCGCCCCAUUCUCCCGCUUUCCAUCACCCCGCCCCAUUCUCCCUCCUUCCAUCACCCCGCCCCAUUCUCCCUCAUUCCACCCCGCCCCAUUCUCCCACUUUCCAUCAUCCCGCCCCAUUCUACCUCCUUCCAUCAUCCCGCCCCAUUCUUCCGCUUUCCAUCACUCCGCCCAUUCUCCCUCCUUCCAUCACCCCUCCCCAUUCUCCCUCCUUCCAUCACCCCGCCCCAUUCUCCUGCUUUCCAUCACCCCGCCCCAUUCUCCUGCUUUCCAUCACCCCGUCCCAUUCUCCCUCCUUCCAUCACCCCGCCCCAUUCUCCCUCCUUCCAUCACCCCGCCCCAUUCUCCCGCUUUCCAUCAGCCCGCCCCAUUCUCCCACUUCCCAUAACCCCACCCCUUUCUCCCGCUUUCCAUCACCCCGCCACAUUCUCCCGCUUUCUAUCACCCUGCCUAAUUCUCCCUCCUUCCAUCACCCCGCCCCAUUCUCCCGCUUUCCAUCACCCCGCCCCAUUCUACGGCUUUCCAUCAUCCCGCCCCAUUCUCCCUCCUUCCAUCACCCCGCCCCAUUCUCCCGCUUUCCAUCACUCCGCCCCAUUCUCCCUCCUUCCAUCACCCCGCCCCAUUCUCCCUCCUUCCAUCACCCCGCCCCAUUCUCCCGCUUUCCAUCACCCCGCCCCAUUCUCCCGCUUCCCAUAA